AUGAAUACAGCUGAGAGUAUAUCAGUGUCAAUUCAGGAUUUCCUCAUAACUUUUGAAAUGUUAAUUGCCGCGAUGGCGCAUUGGUAUGCCUUUUCAUACAAAGAUUAUAUUGAUGCUUAUGGAAGAUCAGGCAGAAUGCCAAUGAAAUAUGCAUUUAAAGAUUGUAUGGGCUUCCGGGAUGUGAUCGAGGAUACAUUGCAGACUAUUAGAGGAUCACGCUUUAACUAUAGGACAUUUGAGCCCGCUGAGGGUAUAGCACACAUUGGACCGAGUAGGACCGCGAGAAUAAUGGCCGGGUUGCGAUUUACAGGUGGUGGAGCGGGUAAAUACUGGCUCCCAGGACCAAAUUCUCAUACACCUUUACUUUCCGAUCAAAGAGAUGAUGAUAGUAAUAGCUUACGUUUUCACGAUCCUGAUUCAGAAGAAGAAGUUGAGAAUAUGUAUGAUAACUGUAGGAAAUUGGGUAGACAUGGAGAUUAUAAUUUUCCGGUUAUAUAUACUCAUGAGUACGGUGAGUCUAGUAACCGGCCUAUAAAACCAGUAAGAAAGGAAACAAUGUCUAGAAAGAAACAAAAAGGCAAGAAUAAAGUUCAAGAAAUUUAUUAUGGUGAUGGAGAUGAAGAUGGGCACCUUGAGGAUGUAAAUACUUUACCAUUCCGCGCUGGUUGCGUUGAUCUUGUGAAAGAAGUUUCGGAUGAAAAUGGACGAUAUUUCAAGAUUUGCACGGAUGAUAGGGAUAUGAGUACACCCAUUAAUCCAUCAAUACAACCCUCGUUUAGGGAUCCAUUUAUUCAAAUGCCUACGAGCUCCAGAAAUUCUUCACAUCCGCAGAUAACAGAUGAAAUUCAACCAGAAAUUGAAGACGAUGUUGACGAUCCUCUUGGAGGAAGUCGUACUAAUUACUUAAGUACUUCAAUGAAAUCUUUAGAGAAAAAUAUCUGGAAUGAUGAUUUCUGGAAAUAG